GUUCCUCUGAUUUUCCGAGCCGUUCGAUUCCGCGUUCCACUGUUCCAUCGACCAGCGCACGCCAUGGCACGCGACGCGGAGGGGCCGCGAGGGGGCAUGGCCAGCUUACUUCAGACGUAUACGCGAGCGCGAUCGGAAAAUAACUCUCUGUAUCACGCAGGAAUAUUAUCCUCCGCACGUCGCGCGUGGCAUGGAAGCGCGGAUGUAACUCAUUAAAGAUGUAUGUCCGAUACUGGCCGUCGCCAAUAUUCGACAACUCAGGCGUAACAUAUGUCGGGUCGAUGCGUUUGUAAAAGGGAGCGAGGGGAGCUUUCGAGAGAGAGAGAGAGAAGUUGCGCAAUGAGCGACAAAGUAGAACGCUCGUUUCACCUCGGAGUAUCGUGUCGACGAAGCUUUUCGUACUGGCCGAUUUUUCGCCACUUUUCGCUCCGGAUUGCAAUUUCCGGUUUGCAGAAAUCGGUUUUUCCAACGGUGUCAGUACGUGACUCGUUCAAGUUUUCACAUAACCUAAAAAUGCUCCGGGAAGUGUCGCUUUACAAGACUCAUUAAUUCCAUUGUAAAAGAUGUCAGACGACGAGGAUUACAUGUCCGACAAGUUUUUAUUGAGCUCUGAGAAAGAUGUCCCCCCACCAAGUCUUAUACGUAAACACUCUGACAGAAGAGAGCACGCGUUAAUGAAGAGAAAGGCUGAGAUUGAAUUAAGAAUGAAAGAGAAAAAUAAGCCAAUGCGAGUAGUCGAAGCGGAGAAAAGGGAGGAAGGUUUAUCAUCUGCUAUCACCAGUACCAACAAAGGUUUUGAGAUGCUGAUGAAAAUGGGAUAUAAACCUGGAAAGGGUAUAGGUAAGACUCAGUCAGGAAUGGUGGAGCCGAUCUCUGUGGAAGUGAAGGCUGACAGGCAGGGAUUAGGCAAGAUGCUGAAGAAAAAGGAAUCGUACAGUCGCAAGAACACGGACGCAACGCUAGAUAACAUGAAAGUGACGGAUUUUCGCAGCAGAAUAGCGCAGGAGAGGACCGAGCAAUUGCAGAAAAUCGACCUGUACAAGAGCCAAAAGGUGUGCCAAGAAUUGGAUGCUAAAGAGACCAUUGAGGAACCGGAGGAAUCGUGGUUCUGGCCACAAGUUAAGGAAGAAAAGACCGACGACGAUGUCGAUGACGAUCCUCAGUCGAAUGACGCUGACGCAAACGACGAAGCACUGGCAGAUUUAGAGAAGCUUAAGAUCCUCACGAAAUAUUUAAGGAAGAAACACUUUUACUGCAUUUGGUGCGGAACACAGUUUGACGGCGAGGAAGAUUUAAGAGACAAUUGCCCCGGCAGUACGAGAAGCGACCAUUAA